AAUCGUCUCGUCUUCAUCCUAAACUUCCCCUGUCACCUCGUCGACCUUGUUUGUAUUUAAGAUCUAUGAUGCUGUCUCCUCUAUAAAUAACACCCACGGUACUUCUGGUUAAUGAUUAGAAUAAUACGUACAUACACACACAUUUGUGCAUACUAACCACACAAACAAAUAUAUUAUAACCUAUGAUAUAUUUAGGCAGAAUAGAUCCUCUGUUGUAUACAACAAUGACAAAAACACUUGAGAUUGACAUAAGAUCAGCAGAGGGGCUCAAGAUUAACCGGAGACUAAUUAAGAAGAAAAAGACUUUCGCCGUCGCAAGGAUCGGCGAUAAGUUUCGAACUUCGAAUCUGGACGACUCGGGAGGAAGCAAUCCAACGUGGAACUACAAGUCGGAGAUGCCGAUGAAAGGGAGUGUACAGUUUAUCUCCAUUGAGGUAUUUUAUCGAACACGUUGUGCGCGUGAGAAGAAGCUCGGAGAAGCUAAGAUUCCGGCGGCAGAUUUCAUGGGAAGGUAUUCACAUGAAGGUCAUUUGAAUUUCUUGAGCUAUAGAUUAAGAGAUGAGUAUGGUGAUAAGUGUGGAAUCGUGAAUGUUUCGAUUGUGGUUAAACCCAAUUCCACAGAAACGACGAUGUUCGAGGCUUCUUCUUCUUCGUCUGAGCCGCCCUCGAUUGAUGGGUAUUGUGGUCGGAUUGUGACCGGAGUUCCCGUUUGGCGUUUGGCAUCAUAAACUCGUGUUUGGUCUCCGCCGCUUGGGAUGGACACGCGCCGUGAUACUUCAUGGCCGACGAAGAAGACUUAUUACAUGAGUUCAUGUUUGGUGAGCGAUUCAACGGCCGACAUAAAAUGAAUAGCAAUACGCAUGGAUAUUUUUCAAAUUUAAAAUCAUGGAGGCAUUACAGUUGACCAAAAAAGAAAAUCAUGGAGGCAUUUUUUUAUGGUAACCAGGCAUUGAGAAUCACAGUUGAACCCAGAAAAGAAAGUUGAUGUUAUUAGUCCUGCUUGGUUAAAUACUAUAGAGAUAAGACCUAACACGUGGAUUCGCUGUGAGGAUAAAAAGCACAUGUGAUGAUUAGGUACAUCACGACCGUCUGUCUGUUCUGACAGAUGUUUGCACGCAUUUGAGCGUUCCGAUUUGUUUGACGAAUUCCCAGUAACGAUCUUAAGUGUUUUUCAACUAGUUUCGGUAAAAGAUUGUGGGCGCCGCUGAGCCGACUUUCUAUGUUUCCGUUUUGUUACGAUUUCUCAUAUUUCGGCAAAGCCUGAACCAGAUCCACACUCUUCUCUCUAGUUAAACCAAUCUUAUACAAUAAAAAAAAAAAAAAUUUCAAGGGGAAGAAAAUGCCACGGUCCCUUACUAAAAACGACAUCCAGAUUUUCGUUAUGGAUCAUCAUAUUAUAGUCUUUAUUUUUAUUCAUUGUUCUUCGUAUCCCUUUGGUCCAAUUUUAACUUUUCUGAAUCAUCACAUGCAGAAAUGGAAUAAUAUGUUUUUGAGUCAUUUGAAUUAGGACAAUAGACUCAUCAACAACAAUACACCUUUCUUUUAUCUCUGUCACCUAAAGUUCACGAUCACCGAUUGAUUUGUUACCGUAGAAUUAA